UUAUGACCGUGACAAUGCGCAAGAGUCACGUGCUCACGGUGUUGGCUGGGUUGGGCGACCUAUCAUCGCCUCUCAUCCAUGGUGGGUCAUGUGCUAACGAUUCCAUGGAUUGCAUGAUGUGUUUGCAUGGCGCAGGCGGGCCCACGUCAUCGCCUUUCCUCCCGUCGACCUCCAUUCUUGCGGGACCAAGCAGACGAGAACUUCCCCCCCGCCCAGAACCACCGUCGCUCAUCACGGCGGAGAAGAGAGGAGACGCUGUCGAUGGCACCGCCGUCGUCUUCUCCGCUUUGCCUUCCGUUGCCUCCUCUCUCGAUCCAACCCCGAAAUCGCCGUUCCUUUCCCUUGCCCCUGACUUCGCGGUUCCCAGGAGGCGUACUGUCCGUACGUUCUCCCCGCUUCCCCCUUCUUCUUCUUCUUCUUCUUCUUCUUCUUUAGAGCUGUCGAGGACGGUCAGGCUCAGAUGCUCUUCGCAGAAGCAAUCGGCCGAAGAGAGCGAGCUCGAACUCGAGCGGCUGUUCUCGAAUCUCAACCAGGCCACUCUCAAGCGGGAACCCGGAAGUUUGUCCAGUGCCGUUUUUCUGGUCACGGGCACUACGGUAGGAGCUGGGAUUCUCGCCAUACCUGCCGUGACGCAAAAUUCUGGAUUCAUAGCUUCUGCCGUCACCUGCAUUUUCUGUUGGAUCUUCAUGGUUGCAACAGGGCUGCUCAUUGCUGAAGUCAAUGUGAACACAAUGUGCGAACUGGGUUCUGGAGGUGUAUCGCUGGUAUCAAUGGCCAUGAGAACUUUAGGGAAGCUUGGUGUGCAAGUCACUUGUUGGUCGUACAUUUUCAUUCAUUAUGCCCUCCUCAUUGCUUAUGUGGCUCGUUCUUCAGAAAUUUUAACAAAUUCUCUCGGCAUUCCACUAUGGGAAAGUGCUACGCUAUUCUCAUUGGUAAUGGGGGGAAUCUGCUAUUUUGGCAGCCAGCGCUUGAUUGGUGCAGUAAACGGGGUUCUGAUACUUGCUAUUGUAUUGUCUUUUGCAGCUCUUGUGGCAGUCGCAAGCAAAGAUCUGCACUGGGAGGCUCUUCUCAAAGCCAACUUGGAAGCUGUUCCAAUGAGUAUACCUGUUAUUGCACUAUCAUUCGUGUACCAGAACGUGGUGCCUGUUCUUUGUACAAAUCUUGAAGGAGACCUCACUAAAAUAAGGACUGCAAUUGUCCUGGGCACAGCUAUACCUCUUGGCUUAUUUCUUGUAUGGAAUGCUGUCAUACUAGGAACUAUUACAAGUGCUGAUGUGAGCUCUGAUAACUUCAUUGAUCCACUACAACAAUUACGAUCCAGUAAUGGAGUGGUUGGCCCUAUAGUUGAGGUAUUCUCGCUCCUUGCAAUCGCAACAUCUUAUAUCGGAUUUGUUCUGGGCCUCUCCGACUUCUUGGCUGACUUGUUGAAGCUCCCCUCUGGUCAGAGCAAACCUCUUCCAUAUCUCUUGACCUUGGUUCCUCCGCUCAUACUCUCAUUGCUAGAUCCAGAAAUUUUCUUCAAAGCCUUGGAUUUUGCUGGAACUUAUGGAGUGCUGGUGCUGUUUGGAAUCCUCCCUGCUGCAAUGUCGUGGUCAGAUAGGCAAUCGAAUUCAAUUACAUCGAUGGGACUACCCACGCUGGUUCCCGGUGGACGGCUCACUCUCGCGUUAAUCGGUGGAGGGGCAGGAUGGGUGAUAAUAUCGGAACUACUAGAGAACCUCGGGAAGACAUGAAGCAUCAAAGAUUCAUCAUCUCUGCCAGAUAACCAAGCAAUGAUCACUUAAAUGGACAGCUCAAGCACGGCAUAUUCUUUUAAACACCAGCAGCCGCUGACCAUCACCUUUUUUCAUAGCGUGUGCGUGAACAAGGUUUCUCGUUUUGUCAAAGUUCCUUUGGUCGUCUUCCCUCAAGUCGUCAUUUUCAUUCAAAUGUACAAACAACGGACGGCAAGCUAUGGUCCUCAUGAUUAGAUCUUACUUUAAAAGCGCAACCUGCGAUUAGACUCACAUAACUACGAUGAUGUUAGCAUCUCCCCCUCACACUGUUAUUGAGUGUCCAAAACAUUGGUUGAGCAACAAAAUAAAGAAACUUCGAUUUUCGAUUUCC